CUCUCCCCGGCUGCUCCGAUACACUCGAUUCGCGCACCAUGGCGGCAACGCUUGCAGCCCUGGGCCGGUCGUUCCUGGCGACCGCGCCGGACAAUCCCACCCCGUGGCAGAACUUCUCGGCUGUCAUUGGCUGGACGUACUUCGCCGCGUGGUCCAUCUCCUUUUAUCCUCAGUUGAUUGUUAACUUCCGGAGAAAGGCUGUCACCGGCCUCUCCUUCGAUUUUGUUGGCUACAACAUCCUUGGCUUCUUUUGCAUGACGAUCUACAACUUCUCUCUGGCCCUGGCCCCCGGGGUGCGCGAGGAGUAUGCCGACCGCAACAACGGCAAGGAGCCGGCCGUGGCGCCGAACGAUCUGGCCUUCGCCAUCCACGCGUUGGUCCUCACGGGCCUGGGGCUGGUUCAGAUUUUCAUUUUCAAGGGCGGACGUCAGCGCUUCUCCCGUCUGAGCAUCAUCAAUAUUGUGCUGGCCGUGGUGGCUCUUAGCCUGUAUGCCCUGCUGCUGGGCGUGUCGGAUCCCUUCCAAGAGAAGCGCCACUGGCUGGACUUCCUCUAUGCGGCCAGCUACACCAAGCUGGUCAUUUCCCUGGUCAAGUACUUCCCCCAGAUGAUCCUCAAUUAUUUGCGCAAGUCCACCGUCGGCUGGAGUAUCCGGAAUGUGUUGCUGGACCUUGUUGGUGGCGUCCUCUCAGUGUCGCAGCUAAUUAUGGACUGCUGGAUUGCCGGCGACUGGUCCGGCAUCACCGGCAACCCGAUGAAGCUGCUCCUGGGCUUGAUUUCCAUGAGCUUCGACUUCAUCUUCAUGUUCCAGCACUAUGUCCUCUACCGGUCGCGCGAGGAUCCCGACGACCUGGAGUCUGGCGACAGCGCCAGCCUCCUGCGGACCCCCGACAGCCCGGACAUCGGGCAUGACGUGGACCCGGCCGACGUCCGGUCACCCGGGCCCUAUGGCGAUGUGUCUCCCGGAAGCAGCGCCUACUCCAGUGCCUAUGUCACGGGACAGGCAUCGCCCCGGUCGGUGGCCGGCCUGUCGGCAUCCCAAAGCCCGGACCUCCUGCUGAAGGGCCAAUUGGCCCCGGGAGCCGGGGGCAAGCAGGCCGCCACGCCCCGGGCGAGCCCCAGCAUUCAGGGCUACGACGGUGGGCCACUGUCGCCAGCACCCUCGGCGGCAUCUGCAGGCACCGACCCGCUGGCCAGUUACGGCUCGGUGACGCGCCUGAGCGCAGCCGGCGGGCCCCCCGACAGCAGUGGGCUAUUGGCCGGCGGCAUGGGCUACGACUCCAGCCCGCUGGCCGAGGAUCUGGAGGGAGACAGCUCGCCGGAGUCGAUCGGACAAUCGCUCAAGCGCUGGGUUGUCUGGCUGACCGAACAGUCCUACCCGGAGGUGAAACCUUGACCGGCGCCCAUGGGGGGGGGGGGGGCUGGUGU